AUCGCCGCUCUGGAUGGGACCGGCCGUCGGGACCGGGAGCCAGGGUGCAGUAAGGACUGCUUCGGAGGGAGGUGUGAGCAAUGUGUAGCAGGCAGAUGUGGGAUAGCCCAAGAUCAUCCUCUUACCCACCGUGGAGACUGGCUCAUGUCCUCAUGCAGAAGGAGCAACGUCCCUUCUACGUCGCAUUUUUGGAGUCAUCGGGUAGAACAGCUCGGCCUAUUCCCAAAACUCCCAAACAUGGGCAAUACCUCUUCUCUCGUUCAAACACUAAUCGCUCCGACAAGCCACCAAUAACACCUCUGUUUUCCAGACAACCUUUGGAAAAAAAAUCUGGUUCAAUUCCCAACAGAGGAUCUGGGCAGCUGCGUUUCCCAUUCACAGAAGUGCCCAGGGGUCUCAUGCUGGCCGAUGUGUUACCUAAACCCCAGCUUGUGCUGGCAGGCGCAAGCUGAGGUCGGGCCACGACCACAUCCAAUAUAAACGUCCGAGCUGGUGAAGCCCUGCCCUCAAACAGAUGGUGUUUUUGGUCUGGGAGGUAAUCGCUCCUGAGCGCCGCCGCUGAUGGACUCCAAGAUUUCAGGGAUAAGAAGCCAGACCCCACUGAUCUGGGAAGGGAAAAAAAUAAAAGAAAGGAGCCUCCGGUCUCUGGUUAGUCAAGCCAUCGGCUGUAAUCGGAUCCGUAGUCAUUCCUAGAGCGCAGCACUGGUGAGGGGCCACGACAGUAUUACCUGCCAGGGCAGGGGCUGCAGACACAGCUACUGCCCUAGUCUCUCUUACUAUCUUCCCGUGCCAAAACGUACGGGGAGGUGCAUUAGAUUCACCAUUUGCAAUGGGAUGUUGGGGUGCCUCGUGGCUCUGGGAUACAGGAGUGGCCGAAGCAGAGGUUUCCGUGGACACUUCUGGACCAAGAGGUGCUCCUCCCAGCCCCAGCUGCCCCGUGACCAAACCAUGCUAUGCUGAGCAGUUACGUGCCCUCCACCAUCUGAGGCCCGGGCCUCCCAUCUUGGCGCCCCCAACGGUGAUGGGCAGAUGCGGUCACUCGGUGACGCGGCCGUUUCAUGGCAGCAGUUGUACAAAGCCGACCGGCCUUCACGAGACCUGCAGAGGCGGAUUGCUCCUGUCCCUGCGAACGGACUCGCCGGGCAGGUCUUUGCUGCAGCAAGUCGCUCCUGGCCCGCUCCCCGCCUGCUGCCCCCCGAAGCAAAAGCAACGCAGCGCCGGGCCUUGCACCAACGAGCCUCCCAGCUUUGUGCGCCACGGCGGCUGCAUCCCUGGCGUGCUGGGAGGCAGCACCCGUGGAGCAGAGGCAUCCCUGCCGCGGCACUCCUGCCCCCUCAGUCCCUGCACAUGGGGAAGGGGGAUGACAGGGAGCCCCAGCCGUGUGCUACGUGCUCAGGCUCCAGGGCUGAGACUCUGUGAUCCUUUGGCACAAAAACGACUCAACUUUGGGUGCCCGGGGUGCUAGAGAAAGCCUUGAAAUGAGGGGAAAAAGCCCCGAUUCUGAAGGCUUGAUUUGGGGGGGCUGGCUCACGACGUCCGAAGGAGGCGGGCACCGCUUGUGCUGCAAAGCUGCGUGUUGCGAGCUGACUCCAGCGGCCAGGAAAGGUCAAUGCGGCAGGACCCCCGCUGCCCCGCUCUGCUGGGCUUGGCUGCUCCCGAGACGUGCCUUGACAUGCAUUUGUACGGAGAGCAAUUCAGCUGGUGCCUUGAUGACGCCGGGGGAGACUUACGUAACCCUGGGUUGCUGUUCUUGGCCCACAUCCUGCAAGCAGAUGUGCCAGCGUGGCCCUUAGCCCCUGCCUGCCCCCCAGCCAGCCCCUGCAUAGGCCCCGCUUGCCAGGCCCGGCCCCCCACGCCUCCAGGAGCUUUGAGUGUUUUAUUCCCCCUUUUGCAAAGAGUCGUAUUUCGGAAAAAUAAAGAAGUGUUGAAUCUCCUAACCAACCGCUGCCUGUCACACCCCGGUCCGGACCUGGCUUGCUUUCCACGUCACUGCCUCAGAACGAGAGCAGGUAGAAAAUGCACAUGAGAAAUCAUUGCCAAGGCAUGUUUUAGGUUAUAAAGGUCUGACUGGAAACAUUUCUGUUAAGUCCUAAGGAGUUACGUGACCACAGCACCGGUCCCCCAAAUGCGUGCUCAGGGCUUGACUCUGUAGGCUGGGAUUUUCAAAAGGCGCCUAAGAGUUAAGUCCCAGUGCCUGGAUUUCACUGUUUACGGCCCCGGUUCCCAUUAAAAUCAAGUCGGCACCUCAACACCUGUGAGGACCUGGGCCCUUAUCUUCUAAAAUCCAUUAUUAAAUCCAGCCCUGUGAGCUGUCUGUCCGGCGCGCUGAGCUAUUGGCUCGCAUGGGGCUAACUCUGCCAAGACAGCAAGCGCUGGCCCUUAAUGGGUGGAUAGCCAUAAACUCUGGGUCUGAUGCUCCGCGCAUUCAUGCAGCCGAUUCAAGUUAACGCGUGCGAGCGAGCCUAAUCCGGGAGUCAUCCUAAAAUCAUUUGUGUGCACGCGUUUAGGGAAGAGCCGGGCUUUCGAAGAGGGAUGAUGUACAAUCCCUGCCAAACUUCAACGCUGCCCCGAGAGUUGCGCGGGCUAAGCCGAAGGGAGGCGUCCGCUGACACAGCCUGACCCCCGCCACGGGACGCCAGGGAGUAGGUUACACCCAGACUUUCUGGAGAAGUAAAAGAGGGAAUCCAGCUGCUGAUGCUGAGUCCUACUUUUUGGGAGAGCAUCUAACACGCAGCAGCUGUCGGACUUCAGCCGGUUGAGCCCUUGGCCAAGCAAACGAGUUCUCGCCAGGGGCAAAACCACCGGGGUUAAGAGACCGUUUUCACGUUUCCCCCUAUCCCCAGCUCAAUCAGGGCCAGAGGCAGCUCUCCCCCGCUCCGCCGUUCGGGGGGUAAGCUGGUUUCUGCUCAAAGCAGAGGAACAAAACCCGAACGCACGCACAACUGCACACGUAAAUGCUCGCAGGCUCAGUUAACCUGCAGGGCUAACGACUGGCCGGGAAGUCUCUGGGCCCGUUGCUGUUUUCCUUUACUGCUAAUCCCAUUUGGUUACGGUUUUCCACGCACACAGGAAUGCUGAUUCAUUGCAUUCAGGCUGGCGGGUAUAAAUACAGAAGUACAAGGGGGGGUUCACCAGCUUUCUUCCAAAAGGCACGAGAGAAACAGCAGACGCUUUCAAGAAGACACAAAAGACGGGGAGGGCUGUGGCGGAGCCAUGGCGCCCCGGCUCAGACUGAAUAUUACAAAGCCUCUCCCGACCAUAUGUGAAACCCAUGAGGAGCUGCAGGAGGAUUUAAGCAGCAAUGCAAAAAGUUUGGGAAGCUUGUCUACCAACUCAGACCUGUGCUCCAGCGAAGAUUACCUUCAAUCCAUCUGCCAGUUAGCAAGACCCACCUUCCCCGCGAUACCCGAAAACCACCCGAGGGUCCGAGACAAGACAACACUUCGAGAAGAUCGGUGGUGCCAAAAGCCUGCGGUGAUGCCAAGAGCAAUCCCCAAAUGUCAGCUGACCAACAUCAUCUCAAACAUCAUGUCAUUAGAAAAAGUUCAUCUAGUUUGUGAAGAGGGAAAACCGUACCCCUGCUCCGGGGAUGAUCCUCUAGAAAAGCUAUAUGCACAAGCAGGAAAGACUCAUCAUUAUAAGGGUCCUGCCUCCAGUGAAAGCUUAACCGCAGACUACUCACAAAGCAGCCCUUAUAAUACCAGCAGUGAUGAAACCCAUCUAGUCGACUCUCAAGAUAAACCUACAAAGAAGCCAAAUCUGCCCAGGAUAUUCAGUUUUCCGAGGCUUCCCUCCCCUGGGCCAGUCCAGAGAGAGGAUCGCUUCCCAGAGCUGAAAUCCCUGAAAAUCAAUGAGAGGUCAGCGUCAGGAAGUGAUCAGACUCGGAAAGAAAACUGCACCAUGUUAAUGAGCGGUAAGCGGAUAUGGCCACGGCCAACCAGAGAGAAAUUUCCAGGAAACAAGAUUCUGAGAUGCUCUCUAAGGCGGCAAUAUAGCCUGUUCAAAACAGCAGACAGUGCUGAAAAAGCGGAGGUGGAUUCUUCCAGCUACAACAGAAAAGCGACGGGAGAGGCUCUUAGUAAGCAGAGAUACCUGGAAUGCUUUCAUGUAGCUAAAAGAGCCCUGAUCCAUAACUGGAUCUCCGAGUGCAAAUGUGCCUGGAAAGAAGCAAAGGUUAAAGCCUGCCUGCUUCCGGCCAUUGCAGAAGUAUGAGCAAGAAGGAUGCUGAGCCGUAAUCUUAUUUGCAAGAAAUGGUGGGCGCUGCUACUUGGAAAUUCUCCCUAUCGCUUGCAUCCAUUAAGCAGAGAAGAGGGCUGCAGGAUAGGUUUGCAGAUGAAGCAGACACAUUUGGAUCCAUUGCAUCUCUCACGGAUGAGCACAGAAGCAGUUUGGAUACUCAGACCCUUUACUUUUCAAGGGGAGAGCAUAAGAAAGCAGCAAGUGACGGUGGGAGGCAGGAGUUUAUAACAGCAUCUUGCAUCUGAUCAGCAGCAUCCACUGCUCACACGUGUCCUGUACCCAGAGAACGUAGCCAAAGGUGGAUAACAUCCUUCCUGUCUGCAUCGCGCUCCACUUAUUAUCACAGCUUCCAUCACCCGGGACGCACCUCCCUUCACGAUAAUGCAAAAACCCCUCCAUUUAUCGUCACUGCGCACACGGUCACAAACCGCUUAAUGGCAACAACUUCAAUGUUCGCUACUGGAUAAGUGCGCUGCUUGGUGUCAUAAUUAGCGAAUGAUGUUCCAAGACUGAAUCUGUUGGCAGACAAUUAGCAGCAGAGUAAUUUGCCUUCUUAAAGUGGUGUUGGUUGCAGCUGUGUUGGUCGAAGGACGUAGGCAGACAAGGUUCUUUGGGUAAAUCUUAUUAGACCAACUCAAAUUUGAGCUGGUCUAAUAAAAGAUAUCAGAUUUGCCUUCUUAAAGAAAUACAGCAGCAAAAAUAAGUCUGGGUUUUGAGGUUUUUUUGCUUUACUGUGAAAGGAAACUUGUGAAGGAUACUUGGACAGUAUGCAAUAUGCUCUCUCCGAUGAUGGAGUACAGAUUUUGAAAAAGCCUGGUGUGUAUCACAGCAACUGUGCUCCCUUUCCAUUUGAUGUCUUCUGGGUUAAAUAGGUCUCCAUGGAAAUGCUCUAAAAAUUAGAAGAGGCCUUUCAUGAACACACUCCAUUAGAGCGCGGUGUGGGGAGGGAUUGGAGAACCAGGCACUCGUUGUGCAGUACGUGUUAGCACGGGCCUUGCAUUGCUGCUAGAGUGCAAUGAAAAUGCUCUGCUCUUUCAGUGUUACUAGGGAUCCACGUGAAACCCAGCAGCCCACGUACUCUCACUCUUUUCAUAGCAUUAUAUUACUCUGCAUGCAUGUAUAAAGCUUUUCCACGCCCACUGCUGGAUACACCUGCAUCACCUACAGAACGCACCUGUAACAUGUAAGAAGCCAAAUAGGUCACAAACCAAUACUGCAAAUGCCACGGUACUGUAGGAGGCGCAUUCCCGGGGACUGGAAACCACAGGAUCCUAGUUCUGAAUGCAAGUCUGCCACUUAUUUAGUGUAGUGCCUUAAGCAAGUCACUUAAUUUCUGUGCCUCAGUUUCCUAAUCUGUACUGCACCGCUAAUAAUACUGGCCUAUAUUUGCAUGAAGCGCUGCAAGAUCCCAGGAAGAAAGGCCUUGUGCAAAUGCAUUAUGUCAGCAGGUUGUGUUUCUCUGUACACCAGCCCCUAUCCUUGAAUACAAAGCAACUCAGCGGCUGUUCAUGCCGUGUCCGCUAGGAGACGGACAGAGACAGCCUCAGUGAAGGAGGUUACAGCACAGAGGGUAAAAACAGGUGUCGGUUUAUCCUGGGUCUGAUUGUCCCACGGGGACAGUCAUUUAUACACCCGGCUUGAAGGGCAGUUAACUCGGACUAGGGCCCAGUUGUUCUCUCAAAUACUUCACAGGUACUUAAAGUGGCACAACGGGCAUGUAUAUCUGUAGGGUCCUGGCAUAGAAGUCUGUCCUGGGAGAAACAGGACAUCUGUUUUUAGCUUACGAGUGUCCACGGGGGGAGAUCGUGCAGAGGAGCUAGUGCACUGCAGCAUCACACCCUCUUACUCUGUAAUAACUCUCCUAUGUAGACAAACCUGGAAUCAAAAACCUGGAUGUCUGCUAAAACAGAGCACAGGCCUCUGCCCACCACUACGUUUUCCAUGGCAGAAGCAGGAAAGCAUUUGAAAAGCUCCUGAAUACUGACCAGAGAUCAAGCCCGUCCUGCAUGUGCAUUCUCAUUAACGAAGUGUUAAUCGACACGAGUGUUUCACAGUGCCUCUGCUUCAAGCAAUAUUUUCAAGAGACAUGUAGAAGCAGUUUAUUUUAACCUGCCAUUAAUUACAACUGCUGAUUGUAGAGCAAUUUAGAUGUAUUAGUUGCAUUGUGUAGAUGAGCCUCUAAAUGGAUGUGUUGCAGCCUAAUGAGUCCUAUAAAGGAUUGCCAGGGCACUUAGUGACUUGGAAGUGGAAAACCUCCAUAACAAAAUCAAUUAUAGAUUUGCCAUUUCAGCCGUCACAGCCCGUAAACGACAGGCAGGCUAAUACAAAUGCACCUCUCUUUACUCAAAGACGGGCAUAACCCUCCCCAACCGGCAGAGAAGUGCAGGGCAAAGCACCAGCCAAGAGCACUCAUUGCUGGGUUAUUAGGAGUGAAUUGGUUGGCACCUGGGGAGCGAUGGCAGCAGGCUGUUGGCUCUGCUUAGGAGGGAAACCUUUGUGCAAAGCUAUGCUCGUGAAAAAUGCGUAGAAACUUAUUUCUGUAGAAAAACAAAACCGAAGUAGCUUGGAGGAAGGGGGCAAGUUCUGAUCCGUGUCUCGGUGCAGUGCAUUAGUGGCACAUCUCACCAAACAGCCGACUCGGCCAUGUGGAAAGCCCACGAUGGCCUUGGUGCCCGUUGGACCCUGGGAGAGAGUUUGAGGAGGAGGGAAAUAUUGCAUUGGCUCUUGCUUUCUUGACCCGUACAACAAAGACGAAGUACUGGAGGGCAGCCUGAUUGUCCUGCCCUCUCUUGUGUCCUGCUCCCCUUCUGUACGUGCGAACCGUUUUCUUGAGGCACCAUCUGGAUGGAAAAGAUAUUGUGUCCUUUCUGUCAUUCCCAUCCCCCCUCCCAGCUUUAUUCUGUAAUUACCCUUCAACUAAAUAUUUAUAAGGCUGCAAUGCCUAGCAAAUCUGUUGUUGCUACUGCAUGUAUCAUCAGUGCUUUGGAGAGCAGAUGCAAAUAAAAAACAU